GGGUGGGGCAACACAAAAUGCAAAUUAAGGGGAAGAGGUGGAGGAAGGCGUUUUUUUAAAAAAAACAAAACAUUUCGCCUUAAAAAAAUUGCAAAAUAAAAUUACAGGAAGGCAGUGCGCCGACCCGCUAUGAGUCUGUGCCUUGCUGGGGUCCUGCCUCCGGAGCCCGUGCGGGGAUGUCUCGGAGACCCCGCGCUGACUGCUGCUCAAACAUCACGUUGACAUGGAUGAUGAGGAUGGCCGAUGCUUGUUAGAUGUAAUUUGUGAUCCUCAGGCCUUGAAUGAUUUUUUACAUGGAUCUGAAAAGAUUGACAGUGAUGAUCUCCUGGACAACACAGGAGAUGCAGCCAGUGCCUUCUUUGAGGGUGCUGGGCUUCACGUUCAGGAAUCCACUGGCAAUCAUUUGAACACUGAGCAGAGCCAGCCCACAACAAGUGUUGACUUAGACUUCUUGGAAGAUGACAUCCUGGGAUCACCUUCAGGGAGUGGGGGCAACCUGCAAAAUUCAGACCAACCCUGUGACAUUCUCCAGCAGAGCUUGCAAGAGGCAAACAUUACCGAGCAGACUCUGGAAGCAGAAGCAGAAUUGGACCUGGGGUCUUUCCAGCUCCCUACGCUCCAGCCAGUGGUCCAUACUGCCUCUGAUGGCACGCCCCAGAUUUUUUCCAGCGGGGCUGACCUCAUUGGACUGCAGCAGCCCGCAGUGUUGACUCAUCAGGCACUGGUCCAGCAAUCAGUAGGGGCUGAUGUAGUCAACAAGGCCAUCAGUGUUCAGCCUUUUCUCCAGCAAGUGGGUUUGGGGAACGUCACCAUCCAGCCAAUUUCCAAUCUACAAGGGCUACCCAAUGGAAGUCCCAGCGGGGCAUUGGGCAUUGGGCAGAUUCAAGUGGUGGGCCAGCAAGUCAUGGCAAUUAACCAGCCUGCUCAGCAGAUCAUUGCGAAGCAAGUCCAGUCUUCCCAAGUAGCUACUAUGCCAGUUGGUAGUUACAUCACCCAGACUGCCCCAGAGCAGCAGCAGGUCACCCUUGCCUCUGCUGGGGUUUCUCCGCAGAAUGCUGGGCUUGUUAUCCAGAAGAACCUCCCAGCAGUAGCCACGACAACACUGAACGGAAGCUCCAUGUUUGGGAGUGUAUCCGCUACACAGGGCUCCCAGCCUCUCACCGUCACGUCCAACUUGAGUAGCCCACUUAUGCAAGCCCAAAAUGUGAUCAUCCAUCGGACGCCCACACCAAUUCAGCCCAAACCAGCUGGAGUCCUCCAGCAAAAGUUGUAUCAGAUUACCCCGAAACCAUUUGGUCCCAACAAUGCUACCCUAACCAUCCAGAAUGAGGCCGCCCUCCAACAACAGAAAGCCCAGCAGAAUUUAACCUUUAUGACUGGGAAAGCAGGGCAGAAUGUGGUUCUUUCUGGCUUCCCACCAGGGCUCCCUGCCAACAUGUUCAAGCAGCCCCCACAGCAGCAGCAGGCUCUGAGUAAGCCCAUGAGUGUCCAUUUGCUGAAUCAAGGCAGCAGCAUUGUUAUUCCGGCACAGCAUGUCCCACAGGCCAUGUUGCAGGGUCAGAACCAGUUCCUUCUCCCAGGUCAGCUCACAGGCACGUCUGCAGUUCAGAUUCCUCAGCAGCUUUCAGCCCUGCAGGCUAACAUGGGAGGCCAGAUUUUAACAACCUCUCAUCCUAGUGGUCAAACUCAUAUCAUCACUAGCCAAGGACCUGGUGGGCAGCUAAUAACCAAUCAAGCACUACCUGCUCAAAUCCUCACCAAUCAGAAUUUAGCAAGCCAGCUGAACUUGGGGCAAGUCCUAACAUCACAGAAUGCACAUGGGACAGCCCACAUUCUUUCUGCUCCUAUCCAGCUGCAACCAGGGCAGGUUGGUCAACCCACUCUCUUCCAGAUGCCUGUCUCCCUGGCUGGUAGCCUGACAACUCAGAGCCAGCCUACUGUUGCAGCCUCCCUGGCUGGCAGUGCCAUCAAUCAGGCUGGCCAGACUGUUAUCCAAGGAGUCACCCUUCCUAACCACAUGGCUAUGUUAAAUGCCACUGAGAACCUCAACCCAACCGUUACCAUUCAAGCACCCCCCAGUGCCAGCAGCCAGAGUCCCAAUCUUAUUCAGCCACAAGCAACCUCCAAUACCAACCUGCUGGCAAGCAACGACCCAGCAAACAUAUUAACCGUCCAGCCCACUUCCCAAUCCACAUCUGCUCCUGCCCAGCUUCAGCUGAAUCUACAACAACAAACCCCACCACCUCAACAGCCAGCACAACUUCCUGGGACUUCUCAGUCCAGUCCUAACUUGGUGGCAUCUAGUCCUGAAAAGAUUAUCUUGGGCCAGACAGCUGCUGGAACUGUCAUCUCCCAGGAUUCCAUGCAGAUGUUCCUUCAGCAGAAGGACCGGAGCCAGCAACAGCAGCAGCAACAAUUUUAUCCAUCAACCCUGAAAGUGCAGCAGGAGAAUGCUCUGAAUGAAUCUACAGUUUCUCCCCACCUGUCCAUGCCUCUGCCCAUCUACAGCAUAGCCACCACCGCACUCAGCACCACAAGCAGUGUCCCGGCCUCGGUGAUAGUCAGCAGCAGCGUAGGCACAAUUCUGCAGCCGCCUGCCAGCCGAGAGCUGAACCAGAACCACAGCCUGCCACCAGUGGAAUCCAAAAUACCUCCGUUCUCAGCUGGCCCUUCCCAGCAGGCACUAGCUUGCCAGUUGCCUUCAGGGCAACAGAAACUCCCUGGAGCCUCCCCAUCCCAUUCUCUACCUCAUCCCUCCAUGGGGGAGAGUCCCCAGCUCCAGCCCACACAUCUUUCACAGAUGCAGUCUCCACACCAAUCCCGUCCUCCUUCGCAGCCUCAGCCUCUGUCCCGGCCCCCUUCCCGGCCUCACUCAAGACCCCCUUCCCAACCUCAGACCUUAUCCAGGCCUCCUUCUGAGCCCUUGUCACGGUCUUGCACCCCACAGACUCAAAUGCAGAACUUAUACGUGAUCCAGAAUCAAAUUGCUUCUUCCCCUCAUGGGCCUAACCAGCAUCCCCUGCGGCCCCCCUCUCAGCCUCAGGUACCAUUCCAAGCACCGCAGGCCCAACCGGAGGGGCAGCCUCAGCUGACCACACCCGCACAUCUGCAGUUACAGGUUCAGCUUGCCCCCCAGCUCCAGCCCCAGGUUGAGACCCAAGUGCAGGCUCGGCUCCAACCCCAAAUCCAUGCUCCAUCUGAGGUGCAGCAUACCCAUUCUCCCCAUUUCCAGCUUCAGUUCUCUGCCCAGGGCCCCAUCAAGCCCACGCCGACUCAGACGCUUCAUCUCACCCCUGAACAGCAGAGGAGUUUCCAGAUGGUCCCGAACCAGUUUCAGGCUCUCUCUGCAAUUCCAGCUACCAUACCUCAUCAGAAGCAGCUCACAGACCGUUUUCAGCAGGUUCCGCAGGGAAUUAUCCUACAAACAAAACAGCCAACAUCCACUAGCCAAGCAUCACCUGUGCUUAGCCAGUUCAGCAACCAGUCCUCUUCAGUCCUAGUUAGUAGCCAAGGACAGCAGCAGGUCACAGUGAUGACAACUCAGGCACCAUCAGUUCACAGCCAUGCUUCUGUCUCCACCACAAUUCAGCCUUCCAGCGCUGGGUCUGGCAAAGCAGUAUCCGUGCUUGAAAAGGGGCAAAUACAAAGAGAAAGAGGUGGCGGUGGCAACGGAGGAGGAGGGCAGCCUGCUCAACCAACAGCACUCCUCCAGCAGCAAACACCUGUGUUGGUCAAAUCAGUUUCAGUGUCAGUUUCUGGUGCAGCCCCUGUGGACAACAAAGUCUUUUCCAGCAGUUCCAUUACUAUGCCUGGAAGCAAAGCAGCCUCAGGGCAAGGAAAACCUGCAGUUUCUCUCGCCAUACAGCAACCAGUUCAGGCUAAGCCUGGAGUCAUUAGCUCUGUGUCAGGCCAGAAUCUUGGGAAAAGUCCACUUCAACUCCAAGCAGUUGGAAAGAGUUUGCCACAGCUCAUGCCUUCAGCACCUGCCCAAAUGCAGCAGCCGUUUGAUAGCAAGCUUGGUAGCCUGAAAAAGCCACCUCCGAUGCUACAGCCCAGUAAGGAAGCUUGUUUCUUGGAGCAGCUGCAUAAACACCAGGGGGCAGUGCUUCACCCUGAUUACAAAACCUCAUUUCGGUCCUUUGAAGAUGCUUUGCAGAGGCUCCUACCAUACCAUGUCUACCAAGGAACACUGCCUUCUCCUCAUGACUAUCGGAAAGUAGAUGAAGAAUUUGAAAUGGUGUCAACACAGCUGUUGAGACGCACACAAGCCAUGCUGAACAAAUAUCGCCUGCUGCUCUUAGAGGAAUCACGGAGAGUCAGUCCUUCAGCAGAGAUGGUGAUGAUUGAUCGGAUGUUCAUACAGGAGGAAAAGACCACCUUAGCUCUAGAUAAGCAACUAGCCAAGGAAAAGCCAGAUGAAUAUGUUUCCUCCUCUUCGCGGUCACAGAGUUUUGCCUCAUCUCUGGCUCAGGGCUCCGUGCCCAGCAAUGUCACUUCAGCUUCUGAGAACCUGAAGGUUCCUCCAGUGCAGAUGGCAACCCAGAUCAACCCCACAAAAUUGGUCAUCAAGCACAGCGGAGGCUCCCCCUCAGUCACAUGGGCCAAGGCCUCUCCCUCACUGGAUGCUGAUGAGGAUACCUUACCCUCCAGGAGCAAGCCGCCCAUCAAAACCUAUGAAGCCCGGAGUCGGAUUGGACUGAAACUGAAGAUCAAGCAAGAGGCUGGACUUAGCAAAGUGGUUCACAACACUGCCUUGGACCCGGUUCACCAGACACCGCCACCUAUCUGCACAGUGAUUAAAACGGUGGAUCAACACUCAUCCGCUUCAACGGUCACCACUGCCGCCACCACCACCGCCACCUCAAUGGCAGGGCAAAUGAAUGGGACAGUUGACCACAUCGCUGCCACUCCAAUGGAGAAAAAACCCAUUGUAACUUACUGCAGGCUUCCUCUUCGGAAGACAUAUCGGGAGAAUGUGGAUGCCUUUGUAGCAGAAAAAGCCCCUGAGGCUGGCCUGAAAGGUAGUACCUCAAAAGCUGACAUGGUGCCAAGCACCCUGAUCAUCAAGCAGGAUGGGGGGUCCAGGAGCGUCAUUACCUCCCACAAGACUCAUGAGAGUUCCUCUGUGACUGUAGUGGAGAAGGGCAGGCCAGAGGAAAACACCAAACAUACCUUUUUCAACCGGAGUGACGCCCGUUCCCUCGUGAUGCACGAAGGCCCCGCUGCACCCAAGACUGACGAUUCAGCCAGUGGCCUUAUGAAGGAAUUAGCAGAGGUUGAGGACGAGUUUUAUCACCGAAUGAUAAAGACCGAGCCACCUGACCAUGGUUCUGCCACUGAACUCACAUGGGAGGUGCCCCUGCCCCCAGCCAAACGCCGGAAGUCAGAAUCUUUUGAUGUGGACAAUGCCAGUUUCUCUAGCGACAGUCCCCCAGAUGACUCGCUUAACGAGCAUCUACAGAGCGCCAUUGACAGCAUCCUGAAUUUACAGCAACCUCAGGCUGGGGGUCAGAACACCCGAACACCCUCCUCUUCUUACAACUCCUCCUCCUCCCCUUUCUCCUCCCCUGUCCACCGCACAGACACAUACCUUGCCCCCAAUCACAAUGGUGGCCUUGGAGCAAGGACGUUGAACAGAUAACACAAAUGGAAAGUGAGUGGAGACUGUACAAAGUGAGACAUGGACUGUAGCUGGAGCAGCUUCUGCUGGCUGGAAAACAGUUGGGAGCCAAGGUGCCACUCCUUAGAGACCCACCAAAAUGGGGCUGAUACCAGAAGGGAAUCAUGAGGGUUUCAGGUGGGGAAGGCCACAAAAAAGGCCUAUAGAGGCUUCAUCCAAGUGUUGAUAUGAUGGGUUUGGGUUGUUGUAAAAUACAAGCUAUGGCUGGAUUUACAAUACACUUGUCUCAUCACAUGCAGCAUUAGAAGAAGAAGAAGGUUCAGCAACUGCCAGGCAGGCAGAUGGGAGGGGGUUGGAUUGGGGCCCAUAGGUAGUGUUGGCUGUGUAAUAUUUAGAUUCUGUAACAAAUUGCUAAUUUGAAUCUCUGAAUUAUGAUGAUUGGAUUUAUUUCCCCUCCCAACCUCCCCCAAACGCUAUUAUACUUUUGAGAACUUUUUAACAAAUCCCAUGCCCAAAGCCAGCAGGGAGGCCAAAGCAAUGGGGCAGGGGAACAACUCUAUGGGAGUUGUCAUGUGGGGCAAUUAUGUAAUUGAUUUUGUCAGGUUUCUUAAGUUAUUUUAAGUAUAAACUAUCUGCUUUCCUUCCCCCCCCCCCCCUUUGACAAAAAAAGAUAUAUUUUGAACAAAACACAAGAAAAAUGAAAAGAUAAAACACUAAUACUUAAAAGCAAAUAAAAAUGCAUGGGUUUUCAAAUCAACGAGUUUGAAAGAGGAAACCGGUCUCCUUUCAGAUGUCAGGUAAUCUAGUUAACAUGGCCAUGAUGAGUGGAAUAAGGAAAGUUCUGGCAAGAAGGUAGAUGUCUUCUCCCCCCCCCCCCCCCCAAAUUUGAAAUAAAACGAAGUCAGGCUGAGCUCUUCAUAAGAGUUGGAAUCAACAUAAAUCUCAGUGUUUACAUAUUGUGGCAUAGGUGGAAGUUCACCUUGGUAGUCUAGGCAAAGGCAAGUAGGCAAGCAGUUUCCUCCUCUCUGUAUGUUUAUGCUCUUUUGCCUUUUGUUAUGGUUUUCAGGGUUUGUUGUUGGCUCCCAUGGUAUCUGUACCUCUCUCUGGUCCCCCUUAUUUUUAAGCCCACAGCUUUGCCCCUCUCUCCUCAUACAGCUAAUUGCACACGACUGGAGUUCUGGGAAAGAAUAUGAAUCCCUUUGGUGGGAGCUGUAGCUUCUUGCUUUGGUCAGCUGGAGGAAAGGAAGGCAAUAAUAGCCAUACUGGAUUGAAUCCAGAAUAAAUUCAUCUAUAUUUCACUUUCCCCAUUUAUUUCAUUAGGACCUAUGUGGGGCUGAAUUAAUCUACAACCAUUCUUAAACCUUCUCCAUAGCCCCAGUAAUACAGCUUAGUUAAUCACCGAUAGAAAUGAAAAGAUCCAUCUUUACAGUUUUAACUUUAUUUCCUGAUUUGCUGUUCUUUCACCGAUUUUCAUUUUGUCUGUCAUUUUCUUUGUACACACCUAUGAGGGUCUAGUAUGUACUGUGUAGAGGAACUGAGUGCCAAAAGUAAGGGGGAUUACCCACAUGUCAGGUAUUUUUUCUGAUGAGAAUAAAAUAAUUCAAGUAACAAAAGUCAUAAUAUCAUGUCUGGCAGAUGGUUUGCAAGCAGUGAGAAACCAUGUUGCUUUCAAAUCCUUAAUGUACUUUAGUCUUGACUUCAAGAAAAUAAAUCCAACCUCAUGUUAAAAUGCUGAUCACAGCAAUGAAUUGGCAUCAAGUAUUUCUGCACAUAACAGUUAAUGUGAGAUGUCGUCUUUGGUUAAUAGUUGAAAAUCAGUCUCAUGGAAACUGAUGUGUUGACAGUGGCCUUCAAAACAGCCAGAUGUGAGUUCUGCUUCCAUCUCUCACCCAGAUAAUUUAGAGGUUCUUUUUUCUCCAGAAGCAUUAAACAGUUAUGAGCCCAGAUACAAUCUCUCCUAUGGGCUUUGCACUCAAUGUGGAAAUAUAGGUGCUGUUAUGCUGUUCUUCACAUUUCUCCAUUCCAUGGUCCUUCCUGUUCUGUUCUUUUGGGCUUUUGAAGUCUCAUUUCUUUCAUCUGUCUUCCGUAACUUACUGAUCUGUUGCCAGUUAUGUUGCAGGGUGGACACUAUAACACUUAGAAGCUUAGGGGACAACUUUCAACCUGCCUCUGUGAGACCUCUUCUCUCCUUCACGGUUGGACUGUGAGAAGAAAAGGCAAAAUGAUGGAGCAGGUAACGCUUUGUGAGCUGGCAGUCUUCUGUUAGUGGUAAACACUGCACCUUUGUGUUAGCAUAGAACUUACUGGCAAGCGAGGUAAAAGGUAAUAUAUUUUCCUGUCUUAAAAAGAUCCCACAUACCUGCUCUUUAAAUAUUUUUGCCACUUGACAGCUUGUUGUGGCUAUUGUUGUAGUACAAGGCUCAACAAAGCACAUUUGGGCAGGUUGAAACCUAUCAUGUCUGAAGUGACGCCAACUCUCAAAAGCUUUGUCUUACAGUCACUUUAAAAGUACCCUGGUUCUUAUUUAUGCUGUGAAGGAAUCUCUCUUCUGCUCAGUGAGCUCUGCAUAACUUGAUGGCUCCCAUAUUGUUCCUCUUUUCUCUUUCUGACAUUAUUUGCCAGAUUAACAUCUGUGAUAAGCAAACUUGGACUGGAGUUAUUCUUAACCUUUUUGUUUUCAAGUAUCCUCCAUAGCGCGCUGAAAAUUAGUUGGCAGUUCUUUCCUAGUCUUUUUCCUUUCUAGUUUUUUAGUGUAACACGAACAAAGAAGCUCCAGCCUUGAUUCUUAGCCUUGUUCAGGAGAUCCUUUGUGAGGUCCUGAAUGCUUCCAAACUAACAUUCAGGUGACAGAUUUAUGCCAAAAUAAUAGUAAUAAAAGAUCUCACACAAAUGCUCAGAUCAUGCUUGUCUGUAUUUUCAGUGCCAAAAUUCUUGCCUUCUCGCCUGCCAUCACAUGCGCCUAUUACAUGCUAUGGGAGAAAGUAAUUUUAGAGAUGGAAGGUUCUUACUGCCUUGAGCCUUGCUUGCAUCCAAGAAAGUGUCAGGAGCCCAGAAUCAACACCUACAUUGUAAAAUCAGUACUCUACGGACUGAUGUAGUAUAAAUUUGGUGAACAAAGAAAGAGUUUGAAGCUUACAUAUGAAAUCAGUUUUGAAGACAAUUUCACUUCUAUGAAUUAUGGCCCUGGUACCUCCAUGUUCUCAUUUUUCUAUUUUUCUUUGAAUUCUUGGAAGCUGUCUUUCUUAGCUCUGAUCCCUACAGGAUAGGACAAUUUCUCUGCCUCUGUGUCAGAUGCAUUUACCCUACAAUGUGGUGAAAAUUGUCUUUCUAGUUCACCUGCUGUGAGCAAGUCUUUAGACUGAUGUGAAUUUCCAGAGCAUACCCAAAUUUUGUAUGUGUGCGCUUCCCUUUUUUGCUUUAUACUGAUAGUGCCUUCUUUCCAAAUUAGGUACUCUUCUUGAACUCUAAACAGACAUGUAUGCUUUUGCAUACUACUGCUGAAAGAGUUGACUAAAUGUUUAGAAAUGCCCAAACAGCCCUUUUAACUAUUUCCAAACUCUUUUGUGUAACUCCCAUUUUCACCCCCUUCUGUGUUUGUGUUUGUGAAGAAAAAUGCCUUUAUUGUUAUUGGAAAGGUGAAAUCUGGGCAACCAACUUAUUUGGUUGCCAUCUUGCAAUAUAAACCAAGAGCAGGAUUUAGGCCUAGUACUUGGACAAUUGAAGUCCAACUUUGUCCUUUGAACAUGGUACCAGCUCCAGUUUCAAAGAGUUGUUGCACCUGUCUUCCAAAUUCUUUCAUGCCCUUAUUUCUAUAGUUCGUUCUCUCUCUCUCUCUCUCUCUCUCUCUCUCUCUCUCUCUCUCUCUCUCUCUCUCUCUCUCUCUCUCUCUCUCUCUCUCUCUCUCUCUCUCUCCCCCCCCCCCCCUUCAUAGAAGCAGUCCUGAAGCAAAAUCUCUUUGAUACUUAUCCUUCUCUGGUGGUGUUAUAGAUCACGAUCCCUGGCCAAAUUCUGAAGAUCAAUUGUCAUAAAGUUUUCAACUCUAGAGUUUGUUUUUUUUAAAUAGCAUUCAGGGGAAAAGGUCCAUAGCCUGAACUAUAAGGAUGCAACAGCUUUUCCAAAUGUGCUUUUAACAUAUUAAUAAGGCAAACAAUUAUCUUCAGAAUAUAAUAUUUCAUUGUGUCAUGCUAGCAUUGUUUUACUUAAAGACUAGAUUUCCAUAAAAAGUUAGAAGUAUGUUCUUAAAUCAGCCCUUCAAAGGUAUGCAGUUAUUAGAACAAGGGAAAUAUCUGGGUGUCCUCCAAAAUUGAACAUUUUGAAGCCCUGUUUUACCCAAUUCUCCUCCUUGCCUAAAUACCGACCACAAAUUAAGCGAAGCUUUAAUGAGGCCAUACUCAAAUUGGCAUCUUCUGGGUCAGAAGGACUACUACUCCUAUAAAACCUCAAGCCAAUUGGCCAGGGAGUUUGGGGAGCUCUAAUCCAGUCCAUUGUAAGAUGCAAACUUAAAGAAGAUUGCCUUAUGAUAUUGAUCUGCUUAUUCAGUUUUUUUUUUGUUCAUAAAACCUGGAAGUGGGUCGGGGGCAAUAUCUUUUUUAAAAAUAACUUGAAGAAUUUGAAGCAUAAAUAAUUUGGUAGCCAAAACAAUAGUCCCAAUGCCCAUGCAAGAUUUCCUAAAGCAGUUACAUGAACUUCUUACUGGUUUUGUCCCGCCAUUGUGUUCUCUGCUGUUUAAUAUCUGGCUUUGUACACAUUAAUAUGAAUGCACAAACAAACCCAUAUAAGUGCAAAAUAUGCUUCUUGUUUUCACCUCAGAAUUUACGUUUCUUCCAUUCUCUUGCUUGUUUGUACCUGCAGGGCUAGCUUAACACAGAGGAAUCUUAUACAUGAGAUAUUUUACGUAUUGCUUUUCUUGUAAAGGAUGUUUGACAGAUACUUGCACAGGUAUGUGAAAGUAGAGAGUUGAUCAGGAUCUAGUUUAACUAGAUAAAUAAAAAUACUGAAUUCAGGCCUUUAAAAAUUACUAUUCCUAUAACUAUUAUUACUAUUAUUAUUUUCUUUCCUUACUAUCACUUCUACAUUUUGACCAAGGACAGAUAAUAUGUAACUAGAAUUAUAGUGUUCCAUUUUGUUUCACAAACACACAAUGCAUAAUGUAUUGCCAUUCAUUUUUUUCAAAAAAUUCUGACUCAUUGUCAGAGUGACAAUGUCAGACAGCCCCCCACCUCCCAAAAAGAAAAUAAAUAAAACCUAAUUGUGCUCAAUCACAGAAUGGGAAAGGCAGAAGAUACUAUAGGAUUUUGCGGUUUGCCUAAGACUGUUUAGCAUCAGUCCCACCUUCUUUGAACUUUACUGUGUCUUGUGAUGUAGGAAAGGAUUUUGUGUCUUUAAAAAUGCGGUUUACUGGAGAAGAAAGUUUUAGGGGUGUAAUUGAACCAAACGUGAGGCUAGAAGAUCUACAUUUCUCUUUCUGUGUCUUAUUUUUUUCUUCUGAAAGUGUUUCGUUACCCUUCUUACCAAACUGCUGAAGAAAACUGUAUACCAGAGCCCCUGCCUUUGGCUUCUUGUGCUUUAUUGCUCAUAAAUGCACAGUGCCUUUGUGCAAAUACAGUUAUGUCUCUUGUCAGAACGUGCAUAAGGGAUUUACUAGAUCAGGCAUCAGAUUCCAUUUAAAAGAUAAGAUCCACUAUGAAAGUCUCCUGGGCAGCUUUCCUUCAUUUCUGACAGGUAUUUGAGGUUGUCUCUAUGGAUGGUCUUUAAUGAACAUGUAAAGAGAAAUGGCAACAUUGCUUUCUAUUUAUUCUUUGUCUGAUAACACAAUUUUAUUGUACUAUUCCCAGUGUAAUUUUUGGUUUUAUGUAAGGUGAUAUUUUAAGUAGCCUUUCUUGUGGGGAGAGAAGCAGUUUGGUAUGUCCUGAAUCACUUUUUUCCCCCAUUUCCUGGCAAAAUAUUGACUACAUCCUUUUAGAAAAAGGCCAGAAAGUACCGGCACUUUGUUUUUUCAACCCAUUCUGUUGCUGUGAUCCAGAAUCCUGUAUGUACCCUGAUACAUCACAGCUUUCUUGCACAAAUAAGGUUUACCAGCCAAUAGUUCUCUCCAUAAAGUAAAACGGCAUUCUAGCAUCUGUUAGAUGGUUAGAAAGGUAAGACAGGUUCCUCUUGUGUUGUGAAUAACUGAUGAACAUCCUUCCCAAACAAACAUAAGCAGGUCUGGGUUUGAAGCUACUUGCCUGAAGCGUACAUUAUUCCCCACCUUAUAAUUCUCUUGUUAUUUUAGGGUGGGAGGGAAAUAUAUAUGGUUAGGAAGCAAUAAGGGAUUUUUGAACUCCCAGGCUGGUGGAGUUUCUCUUCUUUUUUAUAUAUAAAUAUAUAUAUAAAAUGUAUAUGGCAUUGUUUGGCUUUUUUGUUUAGUGUCCUUUUUCCCUUCUAACAUUCCCUUUGGGAAUGUUAGCUCAUUUGGUUGCUGCCCCUUCGCACUGCAAAAGGGUGCAAAACUCUUCCUUCCCAAUGAAAGGUUAAUCUCCACUAGCAAUCUUAUUUUUAAUGGGGACGUAUAUUUAACAUCUGAUUCUUUCCAAUAUUUUGGAGCAUAUUAAAGUGACCAUUGAUUUUUUAUUUUUAUUUAACAGCACAAAGGUAGGGGGAAAUUUCCAUAUCUUAAGUGCAUAUUUAAAGUUUCAUUGAGUGUUUCUUGUUUUAAGGGAGGGGUAUUGGAAAAGAAAAGGAAAUGCACAGAUUGCAGUUCUUGGGAAGCUUCCAACCUGCAGUUAGCCCAUACUCAUUUAGAAUUUAAAAUCGGCUUGAUGAGAAGAUAAAAGGCCACUUUCAAAAGUUAAGAAAACUCAUUUAGGUCCUUCUGAAACCUUCGGCUUUCUCACUCAGUACCACAUAAUAUGAAGGCUUUCCCAGUAAAAGAAAGCAAAAUGUAAUAUCUCACUUCUUUUAGUAUUAAAAAAACAACCCAGUUUUUCUUUCCUCCUCCUGCUGGUACCAGUUUGAACUUCAUCACAGUUCAGAAAAACAAAAUAUAGUACUAUAAAAUAAUUUUGUACUGUAUUUAUUGUGUAUAACAAUUUUUUUAAAGAAUUAUGUACAUUUAGUACUUCUGUGUAAAUUAAAUUGCUCUUCUUUUUAAAAAUG